UUUUUUUUUUUUUUUUUAAAUAAAAAUUCAUAAUUUUUCUUAUCGAAAACUUUAACCAAUUUGUGUAUUUGUAUAGGUACUUCGUACACCUGAUUUAAUUUCUACGAAAUAUUACCUUAUUAAACAGGAAUCUGUCAUAAGCUUCACUAAUUAUAAUGUUACUAAAUAAUUCACUCCGUAUGAUUGGCAGCUAUCUGCGACCUAUGUCAAAGAAAAGCUUAAGGCUGUAUUCUGCCGCCACGCAGCCGUUAACUGUUCCAGAGCCGGAUGGCAGUGUGCUACCGAGCUCCCCAAAGUUAGAAAAAUUAUACACCGAAAUAACUGCCUUAACAAUGUUAGAGGUGGCUGAGUUUACCGAACUCUUAAAAGUUCGUCUCAAUCUAAAAGACAUUCCCAUGGGAGCAGUUGUUAGUGCGCCUGCAGCUGCACAGGAUGAAGAAGAAGAAGUAGCUACAGCUGUAAAAACAAGUUUUACUAUCAAACUUAUGAAGUAUGAUGAAAAACAAAAAGUUGCUUUGAUUAAAGAAACAAAAAAUUUGUUAGAAGGCAUGAAUUUAGUACAGGCCAAAAAGUUUGUUGAAAGUGCUCCUGCAGUUAUUAAAGCAGAUAUUGGUAAAGAUGAAGCAGAAAAAUUAAAAGAAGCAUUUACUAAAGUAGGAGGUGAAUGUGUAAUUGACUGAGUAAUACAAAUGUAUUAUAUAUGUAUGAUUAUUUUAUUUUACAAAAUGUUUAUGAAUUAUGUAACCAGUCAAUGUUCAUAAUAUUUAAAUACAUUGUAAAUUUUAAUAUUGUUAGAUUGAAAGUAUAUAAUUGCCUUUUCUGUUUUU